ACGGUCAUGAGCAAGGCGGUGGCGCCGGGGGACAAGCCCAAAAUCCAGGAGGUGAAGGAGCAGCGUGUCACCGGAUUGCUGGUGGCCGUCCUCGUCGGCUUGUCCAUCGUCAUCGGGGACCUGCUCCGCAAGAUCCCGCUAGCAGUGCUUUUUGGGAUCUUCCUCUACAUGGGCGUCACCUCGCUGAACGGGAUCCAGUUUUACGAGCGACUCCACCUGCUCCUGAUGCCGCCGAAACACCACCCGGACGUGCCGUACGUCAAGAAG